AUGGAGGAGGAGAGCAUCACUUCGCCAUUGCUGCAGGAGGAGAAGGUGUACCACCCGGGCUGCCCGGGCUGUGCCAACGACCGGAGGAAGGAACUCCAGGAGGGCCUGCCGUACAAGGAGUUCUUGUAUGUCUGGAUCAUCUGCCUCGCGACUUCUUUACCGGUGUCAUCAUUAUUCCCCUUCUUGUAUUUCAUGAUAAGAGACUUGCAUGUUGCAAAAGGAACAGAAGACAUUGGGUUCUAUGCCGGAUUUGUGGGUGCUUCAUUUAUGCUUGGUAGAUGCUUGACUUCAACUGUUUGGGGAAUAGCAGCAGAUCGGUUUGGGAGGAAGCCAGUUGCCAUACUUGGCGUUUUCUCUGUGUUAGGUCAUAUUCAAUACUUUAUUCUCCUUGGUGCUUUAAAUGGUUUGCUUGGGCCAAUUAAGUCUUAUUCUAUUGAAGUUUGCAGACCUGAACAUGAAGCAUUGGGAAUAUCACUUGUCGGCACAGCUUGGGGAAUAGGUCUGAUCAUUGGGCCUGCUUUAGGAGGCUACCUUGCACUGCCUGCAGAAAAAUUUCCAAAUGUAUUUUCACCUGACUCAUUCUUCGGGAGGUUCCCGUAUUUUUUGCCAUGCUUAUGCACCUCACUCUUUGCUACAGUUGUUCUUGUGAGCUGCAUAUGGAUGCGGGAGACAUUACACAAGCACAAAGUUCACCAGAAUGAAAAUAAAAAUGUUGAAGCUUUGGAGGCCCACCAGAGUGACUACAAAGAGAAGGAUGAACAAAUUUCAAGUUUGGAUGACAAGAAGAGUUUAUUCAAGAAUUGGCCCUUUAUGUCAUCCUUAAUUACAUAUUGUGUAUUUUCCUUUCAUGAUAUGGCUUAUUCAGAGGUGUUCUCUUUAUGGACUGAAAGUGAUAAGAAGUAUGGUGGCCUCAGUUUAUCAUAUGAGGCUGUAGGUCAAGUGCUUUCAAUUACAGGUGUCAGUCUUCUUAUAUAUCAACUCUCUGUAUAUCCUCACACUAACAAAAUUCUUGGACCUAUCAAGACUUCUCGAGUUGCAGCUAUUCUGUGCAUACUUAUUCUCUUUGGCUAUCCCUAUAUGACAUAUCUGUCAGGAACUGGACUAUCGAUCAUUCUGAAUAUUGCAUCGAUCUUGAAAAUCAAUCUUGCUGAUACCAUCAUUUCGAGCAGUUUCAUCCUUCAAAAUAAUGCUGUGCCUCAAGACCAAAGAGGAGCUGCAAAUGGACUGUUUUCUUGGGCACAAGCACGGCAGCAUGCUUUCUUCUUUCCAGGUGAUCAGAUGGUGUUUUUUCUUCUCAAUGCCGUCGAGUUUCUUGGACUUAUCCUCACAUUCAAACCCUUCAUGGCCGCACCAGAGUCCAGAGCAGUAUGA